AAACAAAGCGUAGAAGAAGCCCUAUUUUUUGGCCAUUUAAAUAACGACUUCAAAACAGACAUGGGCGGGUGCCUAUCUUGCUGCGGCAACAGUGCCGAGGAAACCAAUCUGAUGCCAUCGCCGGAGGAGCGGCGUCAGCAGCAGUUGGAAGCGGCAGAAAAGCGUCGCCAGGAGAACGAAUCCCGUGGAAUCAGAAAUCCUGAGAACGUACGCAGACAGCAGCAAAGGGCGCUGGAGCAGGAACGACGCGAAGCUGAGGCGGAACGCCAAGGCCAGGGGCAGACCACGCUGAAGUGGCAAACGACUUAAGGUUACAGUGAAUGGCAGCCAACCACCGCAGCUGCCUGUGUCCGGCUGCUUCUAAAGCGCGGACGACGACCGCCGUUCAUCUGUUUUUUUUUGUUUGUUGCUGUUGUGGAUUUUAUCCGUGUUACCAGGGUACAUUUUCUUUUUUGUAUAUCUUUAUAUAUCUAUUGUAUUUUGUAUAUGUAUGUCUACUUCUACCUGUAAAGCACACUCCAAGUUGUUUU